UGGCAACCUGAUUAGGAGAAAUCGAGUUGUCAUGCAUGCAGUGGAUUUUAUGUAAGAUUUAAUUUCAGUGAUUAAUUAGAUCUAGUCUGUGUAAAAUAAAAACUUUGUGUAAACUAUUAAGUGAGCUAGUUGAAUUUGUGUAAAAAUAAUAAUUGAAGUUGAAAAUGGCGGAAACUGAUUCAGAUCGUACGUCGCAGGCCCCUCAAAGGGGAUUUGAGGCCUUCAAGCAACAUUGCAUAGCUAAAAAAUUGGACGUCCUGCUAUGGACCACACGCUUCUGUACUAUGUUCUUCACAUUUAUGUACAUUAUUCCUAUAUUCGGAAACCCGUACAACUCAUACUACAAGGCUCUGUUUGCGAACGGAGCGACAAGUGCCAUAAGGUUGCACCAGAGACUGCCCACUGUGUCCUUCACACGGGAGUAUCUCACCAGUCUGCUGCUCGAGGACAGCUUCCACUACCUGCUCUACUCGCUCAUAUUCCUCUAUGUGUCGCCUGUCACCUUGACACUGCUGCCGAUUUUCCUGUUCUCGAUGAUUCACUUUGCCAGCUAUUCGUUAACGUUGCUAGACACAUUGGGCCAGAACUCAUGGUGGGGAGCGCGUCUCCUGAUCUCUCUGAUUGAGUUCCAGUCGAGGAAUAUUCUGCGUCUCAUUGCUUUCUCUGAAAUUAUUCUCAUGCCGUUCACAAUCAUACUCAUCCUUGUUGGUCGCGCCGGCCUACUGACGCCCUUCAUCUACUACCACUUUCUGUCGAUGCGCUACAAGUCGAUGCGCAACCCGUACACACGCAACGUGUUCCACGAGCUGCGUGUGACCACAGAUGCCUUGGCAGCCAAGCCCGGCACGCCGGCCAUGAUUAGCAACAUAUUGCGUUCGAUAGUCGACUUUGUUGUCAAACUGUCGCCUGCGCGGCAGCAGCAACCGGGCGCCGCGCAGUAACGGCCGGCGGCAAAUUCAAAAACGGCGCGCCCCUCUUGUCGCAACGGCGCGAACAAUGCCCCCCUGUCGCGCUCAAUAUUCAAAUGUAAAGCGAACUGUGGAUGGUGUGAGAUGGUAAUGUUUAAAUUUCAAACGUUCUACAAUCAGUAAUACAGACUUAUAAUGGUGAUACAGUAAAGUUUAAUAUAUGUGCUAUGGAAUAGAUUUUUAUUCACAGAUGAAAUAUAUUCCAAUGUAUGCAGUUUGAUGGUGACAUGGUAAAGUCAAAUGCUGGCGCUCUGGAAUGUAUUUGUAUUCACAGAUAAAAAUAAUAUAUUCCAAUGUAUGCAGUUUGAUGGUGGCAUGGUAAAGUCAAAUUAUGGCGCUCUGGAAUGUAUUUGUAUUUGCCGAUAAAAUAUAUUCUGAUGUAUACACGUUUUGUAUUCCACAAUGCAAACUUACGAUGGUGAGAAGUUGAAGUUAAAUAUACGUGCUUUGGAAUGUAUUUGUAUUCACCACUGAAAUAUAUUCCAAUGUAUGAAGUUUGAUGGUGACAUGGUAUAGUCAAAUGCUGGAGCUCUGGAAUGUAUUUGUAUUUGCCAAUAAAUGUAUGCAGUUUGAACAUUUGAACAGUUGGAACUCUACCGCGAGACUAGAAUUUUCGUAAACUCAAAUUUAAACUUGUGUCGGGUUAUCUUGAAUCAGUUGAACAUCAUCGUCACAUUUUUCACGUAAAAACUGUUUCUUCACCUAUAAUUUACUGUUUUCUGUGAACUUGUUGAAAUAUGUGCUGUGUUUUCUCAGAGCUAAACUGGUGGAAAUAAGUGUAUGAUAUUGGAUUUGUAUUCAAAUGUUGAUGGGUUGAUUUUAUUGAACGAAAAUUCAAAAAUAUUUGUUUUCAACUACCCUGAAGAUGUCAGGGUAACAGAGACGUUGGUCUAAAAUGUUGGCUACAGGAUAUCCUGUUGCCAACAUUGUAAACAUUACCCUGAAUGUUGGCAACAUUGUUGAUAAAUGUUGGCAACACAGAUAAACACCUAGAAGGAAAUUCUAUGAGAGCUACCUACUAUUCAAAAAUUAUUGUUGUCAAAUAUUGUUAUUUUUGGAUAGUAGCUUACCUCUUCAUAGAAUUCCCCUCUACAUGUUCUCACUGUUGUCAAUAUUUGUAUCAGCUGAAUUUUUCAAGAUAAUUGAUAGCAAAUGUUUUGUAUUUUUGUUUAAUAUUAAUUUUCAUACAGUAAAUAGCCUACCGUAUUUCGUUUAAUAUUUUCAUACAGUUAAACUGUAAACCAAUUUUCUUUUUCCCAUAAAACUACUGUAAACUGUAUACAGUUGUCCAACCUGAAUUAUAUUAUUAAUUACUUAUUAUACUGUAUUAUUUAAAGCCCUAAUAAUUCAUUGGAAUUUUUCAUUCCUUGACAAACUGAAUUUAAAUGUGGAAUGGAAUUGAUCUUUACAAUAAUAGCAAAAUUGGUAAUAAUAGAAGGGUUCAAAAUAGGAUAUGCAAAGUGAAUUUUCAUAAAUUUUAUAAUAGAACUUCAUCGUGCAAAGAAGUGUUUCAUUGUUAAAAGGCUCAUAUAUUAUACAAAUGAUGAAGCCUGGGCUAUAUUGAAACAUUCAGUAACUCGAAAAUAUAUACUGAAUAGCCUAAAGAUAUCUACUUAUUUUUCACACCAGUUGAUUAUCAAUAAAAUGUUUUUUUUAAUGUAUGAAUUCAGGGCUAGUUCCUUGUAUUUAUAAAAUAGAAUUAUAGUUCCCUUUAAAAUUAAUAAAAUAAUACAAUUUGUAUUCUUGUUUUAUCAAUUUUGUAGGGUACUAUAAUUAUAUUUUAUCAAUAAAAUGUUGAUGAUGGAUUAUAAGAAACUGUAGUUUUUGGAUAGUUUAUGGUAACUAAACUGUUAAACUUAUGUUUUUGAGACUUUUGUUAUUAGUUGAGAAAGAUUCUAUAAAAGCAGCAUAAUAUAUAUUGACAAAUAAAUAUAAAGAACUCAUGGCUCAUUUAUGUCGUGAACUAUUUCAAGUACAAAUUACCUUUUUCAAUCCUUCUCUAAUUCACUGUUUCUACAGUUUUUUUGACUUCAAAUAUUCUACUUGAUUAUUUUCGCAUAACGUUAAUAGGUACAUUUCACGUUAAAUUUUUAUUCCUAAAGUCUAUACUGCAGGAAGUAUGUUUGUACAAUAUUUUAAGAAUAUAUUUGUAUAAUUCUAUUUACUUAAUUUUGUACAAUAAAAUUAAGUUGAUGUUAUUCAAAUCCUUCCUUAUCAAUGUUAAUUUAUCAAUGUUUGAAUGAAUUCCACAGCUUUACAUAUCUACAUUAUUAAUAUAUCAUAUAUUGUUGUACUGUGUUGAAAUAUUGUGGGUUUUCAGCUUAGAUUAGAUUAUAUUUGUUGAUUUCAAAGGUCCAUAUUGUUAUAACGGUUAUUAUUGUAAUGAGCACAUUAAAAUGAUUUUAAAAUUGAUGAAAUUCUUGUUUAUUUUUAUGUGCUAAUAAUUGUAUUGUGCUAUGCAAUUUUUGGAUUUAAAUCUCAACUUACUAUUGUGUCACAAUCAUUUCAAAGUGUGUCUUUGUUAAAAUAACCUCUAUUUUACAGUUUCAUAUUGUAAUAUUUAGUUAUCUUAAGCUGGGUUUACACCAAAGUUAUCAACAAAAUGUGAAUAACUUAAUUUUUAUAGAUUA